AUGCCUAUUAGAAAAAAGCUGAAGAAGAUUUUCCACCAUCGCAAUGCAGAGGGCGUCUCAGGGAGCUCCGGUGAUGGGCCGAGUGAAGAGCAGCCAUUGAGACUGUCGAGAAACACGAGAUCUGGCUACCUAGCUACGAUCGUGACAUCGGGAGUAUCCUCACCAGUUCCAGCCUUGGAUGACGCGAACGCGCCCCAAGAAGCUCCAGAUGAACAACUGCCAGCGCCCAAAGAAAGUGGCAAUUCUAUCCGACAGUUGUGGGCUGUUGCAUACAAGAGCCUGCGAGAUGAGGAAGAUUCGCCCGUUACAAAGUUCGAAGAUCAGAUCCGUCGCGAUCUGCCUGACAUCGCAGACAGAAUGAGCUCAGACCAGAGUACGAAAGAAUGGAUGAGUAAGGUUGUGGAAACUCAAAUGGAUCAAGUCAAGCGAGACACUUUGAAGCUGAGAUUUGGGAAUUUCGAGAUGGAAGCCCAGGAAGUCGUGAAGUCGGUCCUAGCUGUUGUCAAUUGGAGUAAGGACUACGUCUCUAAAGCCUUGAGCUCAAAUCCCACGGCAUCCAUUGCCUGGGGUGGAGUAACUCUGUUGCUACCACUCUUUUUGAACCCUAUAGAACAAGCUUCUUCUUUGGCCAAGGGACUCGAGCACAUUGCAUCGAUAAUAGUUCGGAGUUCCAUGUGGGAGGAUCUCUACGUACGUCGUUACGAGGCAGCGACUAGCGAUACACUGCCAGAAUCGCAUGCUGAGUACCGACGCGCACUGGAGAUGCUGUAUCAAGAGGUACUCAGGUUUCAGAUUGUUUGCUAUGGCUACUAUAGCCACAAGUCUGUCUCUCGUUUGGCUUUGGAUUCCAACAAGCAUCAUGACUGGGACGAGCUGCUUGGGAAUAUUCAGUAUCGGGAGACCGAAUUCGAUAAAAUGAGCCUAGGCUGGCGAGACAAGAUGUACAACGAGGAAUGGGAGAAGGCCGAGGCACGGCAUCGGCAGGCUAUGAGUCAGUGGAGAACGAUUGGAACCGACGUUUCUGAACUCAGGAAAAUGAUCGAGGAAACCCAGAAAGACAGGAAUCGCGAAAAGAUGCUAAACUGGCUUUGCACGGUCGACACUUCAGUGCAGUAUAGAGCUGCCCGAGAAAAAUACAGCAGCGGCACCUGCAACUGGCUGACUCAAGAAAGCGAAGAUUUCAAGACAUGGGAACAAAAUCCCAAGUCUUUUCUAUGGCUUAAUGGAAAAGCCGGCGCCGGGAAAUCAAUUCUGAGCUCAUCUGUUAUCAAGUACUUGAAGGACAAGUACGAAGACGACCCGGAAACCGCGCUUGGAUAUUACUUCUUCAGCUUCGGAAACGUAGAGCAACAGAAAGUAUCCGUCAUGCUCUCAUCGCUUGUACGACAGUUAUGUGCAAGUCGUCCGGACACACCACACCCAAUCAAACGGUUUGAAGAUUAUAUGGCGAAAGGCGAGCGGCCAGACAUGGAGACUCUUGAAGCCGCACUUAUGUCUGCUGUCAGUGGGUUUUCCGCGGUCUUCAUUGUUAUAGACGCUCUCGACGAGUGUCCGGUCUUGGAUGGUGAGCGUCCAAGGCUUUUGAAAUGCCUUCAUCGCAUCAUCGCCUCAAUGCCGGAUAAUCUCCACAUAUUUUGCACAAGCCGAGCUGAGCCAGACAUCAAUAUGGAGAUUGACGAGUUGUUGGAUGUGCCGGCAAAAGCUGCCAUUGAUCUUACAAAAGAUCUAUCGAGUUUGAACAGGGACAUGCAUCUGUACACCGAUAGCGUCUUGGGUACCGAGACGUAUUGUUGGUGGUCUGACGACUUGAGGGCCAAAGCGAAGGAUAUACUGAUCGCAAGAGCAGAUGGGAUGUUCCAAUAUCUUGUUUGCCAGUUCGAAGUCCUUCAACAUUUGGACUCAGAAGCCGAUGUUCUUUCGGCACUUAAUGAUCUUCCUUCAGGACUAUAUGAAACAUACAACAGGCUGCUUCUAGGUCUUAACAGCAAGUUUAAAUGCCAGAUCCUCGGUUCGCUCAAAUGGUUGGCGUUAUCGAGAAGGCAUCUACGUCUCGAAGAACUUGCCGAAAUCUUCAUCUUUCGUCCAGAAUCUGUCACCAAGAUCCACAAGAUCGAGCGGCUGUUUGACCCGCGGGCGGUUCUGAAACAUUUCCCUAGCCUCGUGACGAUUGAGGGGGAGGAGGAAUGGAACUAUAGGAAACACUGUUACGAAAUCAACAUAUAUGUCCGUCUCGCUCACUUCACAGUCAAAGAGUAUCUAAUAUCCGAACUGGCCUACGCAGUCGAUUAUUGGGGAAUUCAUUUGGAAUUAGUCCCGCGCGAACUAUGGACUCAUGAGAUCAUCCGAAUGGCUAAGCUUGCGCUCUACAUGCAUACUGAAAGCCUCAGGAAGAUUAUGCUGCGUGGACGAUUCGGGGCUCUACAUCAUGAUCGUUUCAUCAAUUUCAUGCAGCGGCCGUACUGCUAUACCGCCGCCAUUGGGUCUCUUGAGCUCACCAAAUUGCUGCUUCAAAAAGGUUCACGGACUAGCAGAUUCCUGAUUCAGGAUGAUCUAGACUUAGCCCUUCGAGAGGCAGCGGAGGGGGGCCACAUUGAGAUUGUCCGCUUUCUUCUCAAUGAACGUCCUAACCCCAAUAAGAUCACAGCUGGCGCACUACAGGCCGCGGCGCAUGGGGAUCACCUAGCCGUUAUAAGGCUCUUGCUAGACGAUGGGGCCGAUAUCGAUGCGCACGAUGACAGAUUUGGGUCACCUCUUGAGGCCGCGGCAGAGGGCAUCAGCCUGGCAGCCUUGAGAAUGUUAUUGGAUCGCGGGGCUAAUGUACAAGAGGCGGGAUGUCCUGUGUCGUGCCUCAUAGGGUAUUACAGGUUGCACGACCAACAUGAUGUCACAGAAUGCACCAAAGCUCUACAGCUUCUUCUCGACAAGGGUAUUGAUAUCAACGGAAAGUGCACUCGGCAUGGGAGCGCUCUAAAUGAGGCUAUCAAGACCUGGUUACACAAGGGAACGCGUACCUUUUUUGACUUCGUCGUGAGACACAAUGCUGACAUUGAAUUGGACGAUGGGCAUGAUGGCACCCCGCUCCAAGCGGCAUGUGGCAACAUUCCCAAUAACGUUGAUAAUUCUCGGAGCAAAGAAGUGGUUCUAGCACUGCUGCGCCUUGGGGCCAACCCAAAUGCUCAGGGAGGGGAGUACGGUAAUGCACUUCAAAAAGCAUGUUUUGAGACCGAUUACGAGUCUGGAGUGGUUGAUCUUCUUCUGGAGAAAGGCGCAGAGAUUAACCAGAAAGGGGGCUAUUUUGGAACAGCGUUGCACGCAGCCUGUGCAAAACAGGAACUAGAAUUGGUUAACAUGCUGCUCAGCAGAGGCGCUGACGUGCAUAUACAUGGCGGCGAGUACGGCAGUGUCUUACAAGCGGCCACCUCCGUAUGGUCUCAUUCGAAAAAAACUACACUUAUUGUGAAAAAGCUGCUCAACAGGGGCGCCGAUGUCAAUGCGCCCGGUGGCAAGUUCGGAAGGCGCUACAAGCUGCAGCCUACUCACGCAGUAAAGACGUGGUAG